UGAAGUGUAUAAAACAACUAUGACGCAUCAAAGCCAUCAAACUAACGGCGCAAGCUUGGAGGAUUGCCACACAAACUUUUUUGCCUUGACCGACCUGUGCGGUAUCAAAUGGCGCCGUGUGGCCCUGGGCGAGUCGCAUUACGCACCGGAGCCUCUCGAGGACCCGGUGCUGUCCUCGUUCUCGCGCUGCCUCGCCGGGGAUAUUUUGUGCGUAUGGCGUCGCGUUGCAUCGCCGGCACCAGGCGCUCCGCUUUCAGGCAACACGGCAGACCCCAAUUCUUCCGCGAAUGGCGGUGGUUUGUUCGACAUGGUUGGCCCAGGGCUUGGACCAAUCGGUAAUGCACCCGUCACUCACCCGCCGUUGUCGCUCUGCGCUGCUAAGGAGCUAUGGAUCUUCUGGUACGGUGAGGAGCCGAAUCUUAGCGGCAUUCUGGCGCCCGAACUAAUGGCAGCUGAAACUCAAAAUGGUUGCUGGGAGAGCGGGCUGUCCUAUGAAUGUCGAUCAUUGCUUUUCAAGGCGCUCCAUAAUCUAAUUGAACGAUGUCUUCUCUCAAGGGAUUUUGUACGCUUAGGAAAAUGGUUUGUUCAACCUUAUUCAAGUUCCGAACGUCAACUAGGAAAAAGCACGGCACACCUUUCUUUCUCAUUUGCGUUUUUCGUGCAUGGUGAGAGUACUGUCUGCGCCAGCGUGGACGUUCGACAACAUCCACCAGUCAGAUGUCUGAAAAGGCAUCACAUUGUAUCUUCGACACCAGAUCAACCACCCAGACAAGUUAUUCUGGCUCCCUUCGGAAUGGCUGGAACGUUGACUGGACAAAGUGGUAGAGCAAUGGAUACUGCCACUUCUCGAUUGCUUGAAGAAUGGCGACAUUUUUAUCCUAUCACCCCUCGUGAAAACAGUGACCCAAGCCUACCACAGGCUGUUGAAGUUUUAGUCGGUGGCGUGAAGAUGAGGUAUCCAUCGUGCUACGUAUUAGUAACAGAUAUGGAUGAAGCAAAAUCUUCCAACAGUGGUAUUACUAAUUUACCCAUCAAUUCUAAGAAUUCUGUUCAGCCAGCAGCAGGUCAGCCAAAUCAGCCUUCCAUAAUGACUCCACCUCCAUCACCUGUUUCGUAUUGCGGGCUAGGUCCGAGUUUGACUCCUCAUGGACCCCCUAGUUUGACCCUACCUCCAACGCCUGCUGUGUUCGUUCCUGAACGUGUUUGGCAAGAUUGUAUUAUGAAUCCAGAAUAUACGUCACAGAACCAAAGUUUGCAAGAUGGAAGUAGUUUUCCAAUGCAAGUGGACCAAUCAAAACAAUCAGAAAAUUCUCAAAAUAAUGGUUCUAGUAAUAAUAUGAACCUCAAUAGUACCAACUCAUCAAACAGUAGUUCUAAUUCCUUCAAUAACACCUCAACGCAGUGGGACUUCACAGACCCUACAAAUAAAGUUAAUUGCUCUUGUUCCAAGUGUAGAAAGUACAUUGGCGGUCGUUUAACUGGUCGGUCUAGCGGCGUCAACAAGACAUCAUCGUCUUCACAGCAAAACAACACGAACAACACAAUUGCAAAUAGCAGGUCCGGAGCAGGAACGGGCCGAGUGCCGUUUCAUAGGCGAUCGCCAUUGCCCAAGACGGAGACGUGGCGGACCUGCAUUAAGACCAAAAGCAACAGCGCGCCGAGACCUUCUGAAGAAUCUAGUCCGUCGCAGACGCCGCCUUCAUAUAGUCGAGUGUCUACGCAGCAACAAAGUAAUGCUAAUACAUCAUCAGAAAAUCUAGGAGUAUUAUCAGUCGGCAGCGCUGGUGCACCAUCUCCAAUGAUGAAUGCAAAUAGCGUACCAGGAAUUGCUAACCCUUCACCUCUCGAUGGAAACGCAGGAGGGUCGACGCCUCGACCGCCUUCCUCCGUUCCUCCCUGCGACGCCUUAAUGCCGGUGUUGUCUCCACAACCGCCGACGUCGGUUUUAGAAAAAUCGAACAAUACUCCGACUGGACAAAGUACUGAUGCAGCAGUGGCGUCUACUCCUGAGACACAUGAACAGAAUGAUACUAAUGGUGCGCUUCUGAACGAGCCGAAUGCGCAACAAAACGCCACAGGGGGACCAAAAAGCGUUUCUAGUAUAGGAGGAAAUUUGCUUUCGUCACCUUAUGUGGCACCUCCUGAAUCUGUAGAGGUUCCCCAAGCUCCUGAUGCUGCUACAACCAAUGGUUUGCCAAACAUGGGUAUUCUAAAAAGGCCUGUUCUCGUUUCGCGGGAAUAUGAAUCUGCACUUCAUGAUAAUGAACAUACUCUUGAUAUGCUGUACGAUUACAGUACGAUGGAUGCUUGGUUAAAUCAUCCCGUAAAACGAUUUAAACCUAGUGAAGUGAAGAAAGAAACGAAAUUGGGUCGAGGAAUACACUUAUAUGCCGGUCAUACACCGGUUAGUUCGGCUCCGGAUCCACCAGUAGCUAUGAAUAUUUUGGUCAAACAAGAAAUUAAACAAGAAAAUAUUGAAAAGGAUUGUAAUAAAAUAAAUGCAAGAAAUUUGUAUACCAAUGAAGGACUUCAAGUGUCUUCAAAUGAUCUUGAUGAACUGUUUGAUAAUUCGGAUGAUGCUUCAGGAGAUGAAGUGGUAGCAAGAACUUUUGAUUUUUUAUAUCUGAUUUUUAUUACAAUUACUCUAACUUUUAUUAAUGUUAUAUAUUAUUUUUUACAGCUGCAAGUUCACACGCCACCUGGUUCUAAUAAAUCAUCUGGUUGUAUUGACGAUCAGAAACGUUGUUCCUCAGGAAAUAAUAUGAAUACAGGAAUCGUGAGGGCCGAAGAAUUAUCGAAAAUGUUUCCCACGCCGCCGUCGCUAGAGCACAAUUUAGUUGCCAGUCCUUGCGGCGGAGCACUUACUGAUUUUAUGACUGAUUUAGAUAUGCCGAAGUAUAAACAAGAGAUUUAUCCCAAUAUGGGUAGCCCUCAGCAAGAGAAUAUAGAGGACUGGUCAUAUGUAUUUAAACCUCCAACUAUUUGUAAAUAUGUGGGGUCUUCUAAGUAUGCACCUCUAAAUAGCUUACCUAGCCAACCUCCACCCCCCCCUUACGAAAUGCCUUCACCUGCUUCAACAGCGUCAUCAUAUUUAAAUAAAAAUUUCCCUUCCGUGGAAGCAACUACACCUUGCACUUUAAGUAGGCCACCAGAAGCUAAUUCACUGAUGGUGAAUAUUCUACUUGGAGACACGGCAUUGAAUCUUUUUCGAGAUCAUAACUUUGAUAGUUGUACAUUAUGUGUUUGUAAUGCUGGACCAAAGAUGGUUGGAAACAUACGAGGAGCGGAUGCUGGAAUUUAUUUAGCUCCCCCUUGUAGUAAUAAGACAACAUUUGUGGAUGAUGAUCCCAUUCGAUGUAGUUGCGGUUUCAGUGCUGUUGUCAACCGGAGACUGGCUCAUCAAGCUGGUUUGUUCUAUGAGGAUGAAAUGGAGAUCACUGGCUUAGCUGAUGACCCCAGUGAGAACAAAAAGGUUUCUCUUCUUUCAAGUUUGUUAUCUAGUGCAAAGACAGAAUCUAGUUUGGAUCAUAGUGCUAUUGAUGUGAUCCCACAUAGUGUUAUGGAUUUGUUACGUGAUCAGUGUAUUGUGAUACAGAGUUCUAGUAGAUCAUUACAUAGGGCAGCCUGUCGGUAUCAAAGAGCAAAUACUACGUCUAUCAGUAAUAUGUUAAAUGCUUUAGAAUUUAUGGAUGGUAAUGACUUGACUAGUUUAGCUCUGGACCAAGGGCGGCAAGCCACUUUAGAUAAUACAAAUAUAUGCAAAUUAGAAGAUAGGACUCCAAGAAUAAAUAAUACUGCAAGUGUGCAUAGGUGGCCGUUCAUACGUGCUGCAGGUCCUGAUUGCAAUCAGGAUAUUAUAAGAGUGAUGAACUCUUUAAGGCCUUUGUUACAAGAAGCUAUACAGAAAAAAUGUCCUACAAGGUUGUGGGAGGCCCCUUAUACAAUAUCAGGCCCCUUGACAUGGCGGCAGUUCCAUAGACUUGCUGGACGGGGUACUGAUGAUAUGUGCGAACCGCAACCGAUUCCGUCAUUAGUUGUGGGGCACGAAAAAGACUGGUUGUCAUUAUCACCUUAUGCAAUUCAAUACUGGGAUAAAUUAUUACUCGAGCCUUAUUCUUAUACACGUGAUGUUUCUUAUAUUGUGAUGGCACCGGAUAAUGAUGCAGUGGUUUCAAAAGUGCGGACGUUCUUUAAAGAAUUAAGCACCACUUAUGAAAUGUGUAAAUUAGGUAGACAUGUGCCGUUGAACAAAGUGUUGAAGGAUGGGAUUUUAAGAGUGUGCAACAAUUCAAAAUUACUUUCAGGGGAGCCAAUUGAUGAUUGGUUCACAGUUUUGGGAGAUUCUAAAGUAGCUGACAUGCUCAAGUCCUAUGCCAAGGUCUGUAAACAAAAUUUGAUGCCUUUGCUCAAUGAUAAAACUUUAUUGGAACCUGAAUCAAAUUGCACGAUAAAAGACCGGCCAAUGCCAAGUCCUAUGCCACCACCAAGUACACCGGACCCUUCACAAGGAAUUGAGAAAGCACCAUCCACUCCUAAACAUGACCAAGAACCUGAUGCUAAAGAAUCAACUUCAUCAAUGUCUAAUAACACUGCUGAUGUAGUUAUAGUAUCCACUCAUGAAGAGGAUGAAGUACUGCCACCAUCUCUAAUUAUAUAUUUAGUUGAGCCUUUUACAACGGGCUCAGAUAAUCCAGAUCUUGAAAGGCUUGCAUGUUUAGCUUUGUUGAGAUGUUUUUGUGCUGUUUUAGCUGGCAUCCCAGAAAGUGUUCGAAAUAACAUAUCUGUACAGAUUAUUUCACAAGAUAGUAUUAUGGAAUUGGGAAGAUGUAGAGAUUCCAUUAAAAUGUCUGAUCAUAUGAGGUCACUUGCGCUCAGUGUAUUUAUGCAAUGUAGGAGGCAUUUAAUACAUACGAAUAAUAUUAAGUCUCUAACUGGCUUUGGAACUGCUGCAAACGCGGAACUUUUUCUCAAAUCUAAGGAUGAAAAGAAUCGUGCCCCUUACAAACUAUACACACCGCCAUAUAUAUUAGCUCCUCACAAAGAGAAAGGUGAUGGUGAAGGAUUCAGAUUAUCGACUGCAGAACAACAGUGUUCUGUUAUGUAUUUAAAUUACUGCUUGUCAGAAGAUCAGAGUUGGCUUCUGGCAGUUGCAACAGACGAGCGAGGAGAAUUCCUUGAAACUAUAACAAUAAAUAUCGAUGUGCCUAAUAGAAAACGACGGAAAAAAGCUUCUGCCAGAAGAGUUGCUCUGGAAAAGUUGAUGGAUUUUAUAUUGGGAGUUAUGUCACAAAGCACCCAGCCUUGGCGGUUAGUUGUGGGCAGGAUAGGAAGGAUUGGUCAUGGAGAAUUGAAAGGAUGGAGUUGGUUGUUAUCACGUAAAAAUUUACUUAAAGCAUCAAAGCAUCUGAAGGAAAUAUGUGGACAAUGCUCACUAUUAUAUCAGUUUGGUGCUGUUCCCAGUAUUUUAAGUGCUUGCUUAGUUUCACUCGAACCUGAUUCAGUAUUACGGUUGAUGGCUGAUCAGUUUACCCCAGACGAGAGAUUUAGUCAAGCAUCUGUUAACUCACCACUCUCUACACCUCAAGAUGUCACAUGCACACAUAUAUUAGUGUUUCCUACAAGCGCAACAACACAGUCUUCUCAAACAACAUUUCAAGAAUCCCACAUGAAUGAUAUUGAUGAUGAAUUCAUGAUUGAAGAUAUGGAUGAAGAGAUGACAGAGGGUCUUGAUCCAUCAUUCAAUGAUAUUUUCAAUACUUGGCCAGAACCAGGUGCAGAAGGACUUCCUAGUCCAAGUGGAAGUCCCAAACAUGAAGAGUCUGGACCAGUUAGUCCCGGCGCUAUUUGUGAUCAUGAUCAGCAGAGCAUGUUUCCUGAUGGAUUAAAUAAUAUGGGUGGAGUAUGUUCAGCAGAUACUAUAGAGGAAGUUGGAACAGUAUUGCAACAGCCGUUAGCCCUGGGUUACCUGGUUUCUACUGCACCUACAGGAAAAAUGCCAAAGUGGUUUUGGGCACCUUGUCCACAUCUGGAAAAUGUAUGUCCAGUAUUUUUGAAAAAUGCUCUUCAUUUGCAUAGUCCUGCGGUUCACCAGAAAACAGAUGACAUUGUUUUACAACGGAGUCCAGUGGGUGGUCAUCCGCUUGACUCACAACUGACUACAGAUGUAUUGAGAUAUGUCCUGGAAGGCUACAAUGCACUAUCUUGGCUGGCAAUGGAUACUAAUACACAUGAUAGAUUAUCUUGUUUGCCAGCACACGUUCAAGUACUGAUGCAACUUUAUCAUCUGACUGCUGCUUUGGUCUGA